UUACUUUCACUUUUUACGAGUUUAAAACAACUGAAAAUACGAUUGAAAAAAAGACAUUUAACAGUUAUUUAGAUUGAACAAUUAUUCUCUACACUAUACAUUUAUUUUUAUCACAUAAACUGAAGUAAGGCGAACAUUAUAGAAUUUUAGCUACUAAAGGCAAAGUGAGUUCUUCACAUUGAACCGUGCAGUCCAGAGCUUUCAUUUUUAUCAAAGGUUGCUGCGGGUAUUUCCAGGUUGGUGUUUAGUGUACAGUGACUGUAGGCUACAUUGUACCAUCAAACGAUUGAUAAUGUUAAUUCAGUAGCGUGAUGAUUGUACCAGAUAUGUCUUCAUUGUAAAUCUACAUGGAUUAAAUUUUCCUGAGGACAAAAUUGGUCAACUUCAACAACAGUUUCAAGACAGAUAUCUGUUACACACAGCAUCCCUGGUGGUGUACAGAGAGAUGACAUGGAUCAAUCUUUCUCUCAUGGUUGUCUUAUAGAGAUUGUGCUGGUGGGGAAAGUUGGAUGUGGAAAGAGCGCUUCAGGAAACACCAUCCUACAAAAGGAAGUGUUUGAAUCAUCAUUUGGUUCCUCAGCUGUGACAAAGACUUGUAAGAGGGAGACAGGUCUGGUGUGUAGGAGCCGAGUCGCUGUAGUUGAUACUCCAGGUCUGGACUGUGCUGAGGUGUCUUCUGAUGAACUUAUCAGGUCCUUGUGGCUGAACACACAUGGAAACAUCAAUGUCUUCCUGCUGGUGAUCCAGUUGAACAGGUUCACAGAGGAGCAGAGAGCAGCAGUUCAGAAGAUGGAAGACAUGUUUGGCGAGAGGGCAAUGGAGUUCACUAUGAUUCUCUUCACAUAUGGAGACCACCUGAAAAGGACAUCGAUAGAGGAUUUUCUCCGAAAAGCAGGUGUCCCACUGAGGCAAGUUGUAGAGAAGUAUGAUAACAGAUACCAUGUGUUCAACAAUGAAUCUGGUCCUCCAAGCCAGGUGACAGAACUGAUUAGAAAGAUGAGCAGAAUGCAGACUGUGAUACAAGACAAAGUGUACCGCAUUGAUUACUGCCUGGGGAAAUCCUUGAGAAGAAGAAAGUGUUUUGGACCGAGACCAACGAAGGAGCUGAGGAUUGUUCUGGUUGGUAAGACUGGAGCAGGGAAGAGUGCAUCAAGAAGCACCAUCCUGGGGAGAAAUGUUUUUGAGUCAAAGUUUUCUGCUGUUUCUCUGACAUCAAACUGUGAAAAGGCCAGAGGAAUGGUGGAUGGGCAAAAUGUCGCUGUUAUCGACACCCCAGGUUUGUUUGAUACUACAUUGUCCAAUGAGGAGGCACUGAGAAAGAUUUCUCUGUGCAUCUCUCUGUCUGCUCCUGGUCCCCAUGUGUUCCUGGUUGUGAUCAAGCUGGGAAGAUUCACUAAAGAGGAGCAGGAAACGGUGGCAAUCAUUCAGAAACUCUUUGGGCAAAAGGCUUCCAAAUACACCAUGGUUCUAUUCACACAUGGAUGUGAGGUUGAAGGAAGAACAAUCAAUGCUUUUUUACAUGAGAGUCCAACUCUUCUGAGAUUGGUUGAGGAAUGCCAUGGCCAGUGUCAUGUCUUCAACAACAAAGUCCAGAACCCUUCUCAGGUCACGGAGCUGCUUCAGAAGAUCAACUCUAUGGUUGGGUGGAAUGGAGGGAGUCACUACACCAAUGAGAUGUUCCAGGAGGCAGAGAGAAAGAUUGAAGAAGAGAAAGAAAGGGUCCCGAAAGAGAAUGAAAGGCAGAGAUGCAGAGAGAUGAAGAAAUUGAGGGCAAAGUUUGAAGGAGAGCGUCUAAGGGAAGAAGAAGAAAGCCUGAGGAGAAAACAGGAAAGAGAAGCUAGAGAGAAAGCUGAGAGAAGAAACCGCUUUAGAAUCGUAGGUGCAGGUAUAGGUGCCGGAAUCGGAGCAGUUGUGGGAGUAGUUGUAGGCCCAGUUGGUGUAGCAGCUGGUGCAACAGCUGGUGCAUCAGCUGGUGCAGCAGUGGGAGCUGUAGUAAAUGCGUGUUGUUUACAAUGAGUCCAUAGCUAACAGUGCUGCCAAAUCUACAAGUUGUUUGACUUAAAUAUUUCAUAUUUAAUGUCAAUAUUCUGACUUUGCUUAGGCCUAGCGUCUUUCUAUCUUCCCUGUUCCAGUUUAAUAUUGUAGCUAUAUUAACAUCCUCUGAGAGUUGUCUUCAGUUGUACACUACAUGACCAAAAGUAUGUGGACACCUGCUCGUCGAAAAUCUCAUUCCAAAAUCAUGGGCAUUAAUAUGGAGUUGGUCCCCCCAUUGCUGCUAUAACAGCCUCCACUCUUCUGGGAAGGCUUUCCUCUAGAUGCUGGAACAUUGCUGCAGGAAUUUGCUUCCAUUCAGCCACAAGAGCAUUAGUGAGGUCGGGGCACUGAUGUUGGGCGAUUAGGCCUGCAGUCAGCAUUCCAAUUCAUCCCAAAGGUGUUUGAUGGGGUUUAGGUCAUGGCUCUGUACAGGUCAAGGUCUUCCACACCAAUCUCGACAAACCAUUUCUGUAUGGAUCUCAAUUUGUGCACAGGGGCAUUGUCAUGCUGAAACAGGAAAGGGCCUUGCCUAAAUUAUUGAAACAAAGUUGGAAUUACAGAUUCGUCUAACAGGGGCAACUCCAGUCAUCGGCAGCCUAAUUGGUGUCACACUUUUUUUCCAUCUGUCACGCCCUGACCUUAGAAAUCCUUUUAUUCUCUAAUUUGGUUAGGUCGUGUGUGACUAGGGUGGGUACUCUAGUUUUUGUAUUUCUAUGUUGGCCUGGUAUGGUUCCCAAUCAGAGGUAGCUGUCUAUCGCGUUAUUACGAAAACAUUGUAAUGUUAAGAGUUUUCCUCGUAUAUGUUUGAUGUUUAUACAUUGUACGUUGUGUGGAAAAUGUCCAAAUCAAAGAGAAUGUUUUGAUAAAGAUGAAAUGUGAGGUUAGUUGUCUAAAAUUGGAUUUGAGUAAAAUCGAGACCUUGCCCUUAACUUGGUACGCCCAGAGAAUUGCCCUAACGGCGGUUACGCCCACUUCUGACCCGAGGGUAUAAAACCUGUGAGUGAAGAAUUAACAGAUCAGACUAAGUGACCCAAGCUGCAGCCGUGGUCUAAAAAAGUAAACGAAACCAAAACGCAACACAAGUUUGAAGACAAAUCUUUUUCUACCCAAGCUACGGAUGAGUAGCUGUGUCUAAGCGGGUGAAUUCAAGUCAGACGAUCUAGCCUCCACUCCCUAUCGAAUCUUGGCAUCUACACUGUUUCAUUCCUACGCUGUGAGCUCUGAGCUACAGAGCUGUCUGUCCUCGGAAGAGCCCUUUCAGUGCAAGGGCGAGGGAACAGACCCCUAAGCCAAAAGGACCCUUACAUCGUGAGGACAACCAGAGUUGUGCCGGAGAAGUGGGUCAUUGUGCAGCCUGAACGGUCCACGCGGGGAAUCCACUGAGACCUUCCACACAUAAUUACAUCAUUAUAUUCUGACCCAUAAGAGCGGCAGUUUGGGGCAAGGCUAGGGUUAGAAUAAGCAUAGCUGACAAAUUCACCCAAAUGUAUAUUUCUCGUGUACUCUCUUUUUUUCUCUCUUUUAAAUCCCCAUUUUGUGUAACACGCGCCAUAGUGCAUUGGCCCGUUAUACUAACUUCUAAUCAAUAGCCUAUAAUGUGUUUUUGUGUAUGUGUAUCUUUUAUCAUCAUUUUAGCUUUCUAGUAAAUAAAUAUUCAACUAAGAUUGGUGUGGUACGAACUCAUUGGUGAGACCCGGGUCUGUGCAGCUUCCCGGAUUAUGCGACGUUCAGAACGAGACUGUAGAGGUAACUGAUUAAUUAGCGGCUGUUGUAAAAUCAAUAUUCUGAUAUUCUUUGAGUUAAUUUGGGAAAUAGAAACUCAAUAAAAAUAAUUUUCCCAUGGUGCCCCAGGUUAACGAGUUAAUAAUUGCUUGAUUCAGUUAAUCACGCAAUAAGAAACCUUUAAUCAUUCGAUGAGCAACAGUCGUCACAUUAACUAGUACAACGUCACGACACUGUCGUUAAGACACUAACAGCUUACAGACGGUAGGCAAUUAGGGUAACAGUUAUGCCUAAGGACUCUGAAAAACACAAAAAAAAGAUGCCCAGGGUCCCUGCUCAUAUGCGUGAACGUGCCUUAAGCAUGCUGCAAGGAGGCAUGAGGACUGCAUAUGUGGCCAGGGCAAUAAAUUGCAAUGUCUCGUACAGUGACACGCCUAAGACAGCGCUACAGGGAGACAGGACGGACAGCUGAUCGUCCUCGCAGUGGCAGAGCACGUGUAACUGACAUGGGUCUGCCUACCCAUGUCAGAGACGCAAACUUGGUCUCAGCCUUUAAGUCUUUACUGAAGACUCAUCUCUUCAGUGAGUCAUAUGACUGAGUGUAGUCUGGCCCAGGAGUGGGAAGGUGAACGGAAAGGCUCUGGAGCAACGAACCGCCCUUGUUGUCUCUGCCUGGCCGGUUCCCCUCUUUCCACUGGGAUUCUCUGCCUCUAACCCUAUUGCAGGGGCUGAGUCACUGGCUUGCUGGGGCUCUCUCCUGCCGUCCCUGGAAGGGGUGCGUCACCUGAGUGGGUUGAUUCACUGAUGUGGUCGUCCUUUCUGGGUUGGCGCCCCCUUUGGGUUGUGCCAUGGCGGAGAUCUUUGUUGGCUAUACUCAGCCUUGUCUCAGGAUGGUAGGUUGCUGGUUGAAGAUAUCCCUCUAGUGGUGUGGGGGCUGUGCUUUGGCAAAGUGGGUGGGGUUAUAUCCUUCCUGUUUGGCCCUGUCCGGGGGUGUCCUCGGAUGGGGCCACAGUGUCUCCUGACCCCUCCUGUCUCAGCCUCCAGUAUUUAUGCUGCAGUAGUUUAUGUGUCGGGGGGCUAGGGUCAGUUUGUUAUAUCUGGAGUACUUCUCCUGUCCUAUUCUGUGUCCUGUGUGAAUUUAAGUGUGCUUUCUCUAAUUCUCUCUUUCUUUCUCUC